AUGUCCAAAACCUUGAGCUCUGUCCAGUACCCAGGCCUCUCGACGCAGCCCAUCUGGCGCAAGCUAUGGGACGAUGUGAUGAAAACCAGGCCACCCAACUCGGAGAAUAUAACCUGUUGGAGGAAGAAGUUCCUUGAAACAUUCUUCUCAAAUGUUCUUCACGGUGUCUUGGAUGUUUCCUCUGACUGGCGUCUCAACGACCAUCACUUUUCGCCGCUGCUCCACAGCUCCCCGCAUGUUUCCCAGCUUACCCUCUGCAACAUGCUGCAGGAUGCGGUGGAGCUCACUGCUGAGCACAACCAGAAAGUGCUUGAAAACCUGGCUGGCUCCCUGCGGAUCCUGAAGUUCCAGCACCUCCUCUCCUCUGACCAGUCCAUCAGGCGUUCACUGGUUUUACUUCUUCACCGGCUGAUUCACCAUGGCUCUGUCAGCCAAGUGUCCAUGUAUUCCUGGCCUGUUCCCGACACGGUUCUUCUCAUUCUCAUUUUGAGCAUGAGUGCUGGGUUUUGGCGCUCAGGAAAUGCCCUCGCGUAUCACAGCAGCCCAUGUGGCCUUUGCAGAGAGGAGGACAAAGCCCAAAGCCAAGAGUCAGCACAAGAGCAAGCAGAGAGGGGCCGUUACAAUGAGAGGGAGUCGGGCAAUGGUGAUAACCAGAAGGGAUCCCCCAGGGCCCUGGAGGAGGCUGAUGCGGAGGUGAAUGGAUACGGGGCUGAGGCUUGCCUGAACUCUGUUCUCUCUGGACCAAGAAGUCCUCCUCUGCGAAACCAAGCGCGUGAGGAGGCAAGCAGUGAGGUGCCCUGUGACCACAGCAGCAUUCAGGGAGGGUCUUCUCCUUGUUGUGUCUCAGACCAGCUGUUGUGUCACCCCGUUCUUCGAAAGACACGCAGACGGAUGAAAUCUGCAGUGGGGAAGAAACGUCGCUGCCUCAGACGAAGCAGGGGACCAUAUGCUGACCCAGAAGACCUGUAUGAUUUUGUUUUUACUGUUGCUAAGGAGGAUAAUUCAGGGUUAGUCGACAAAAACAGCACCACAGAGGGAGAAAAUGCUGGGAACUGGACUAGUUCCUCCCCAGGAUCUCCGUGCACUGGCCAUGCUGGCUGUAAGAAAAGAGGAUCUGCUGGGAUCUUUUCUCUGAAAGCUACUCACCGCUUCCGAAGCGUGUCCACACUGGAAUUAUUCUCCAUUCCUUUGACUGGAGAGACGUGUCGGACUUUGAGUAACCUGCUGAGCUCCUGGGUGUCUUUAGAAAACUUGGUUCUGUCUUACAAUGACCUGGGUGCCAACAUCUUCUGCAUCCUCUCUGGGCUCCGGGCCCUCUCCCGCCACUCAGACUGCCACCUCCGCGUAGUGCGCGUCAGUGACGUCUUCUCCCACAUGCCUUGCAUGGAGCUUGUUCGCUGCGUCCUGAGUGCCUUUCCCCAGCUCCACACGCUCUCAGUCAGCUUUGACCUCAAAAACCAGCUGGAAGGGAACAAGCCAGAGGGAAAUCCAAGCUGCAGUGAGGUGGAAAUCCCAGAGAGCUGCCUGGAGCAGCUAGAGAUCCGGUUCCCCAGGGAACCUCUGCACACCACGUUCCUGCUGCCAGUGCUCAAGGCGUCAAAGUCCCUCCAGCAGUUGUCCCUUGACAGCGCCACGCUGCCCUGUUCUCAGCAGCUUGGGCUCCUUUUGGAGGCGCUCAAAGAGUGUAAUCCAGCUUUGAAGAAACUGAGCUUUCAUGAUGUGAACCUGGCUGAGCACCAAAAAGAAGUUCUGGUUUUGCUUCAGGAUCCUGUCCUGCAAGAAAUCACAUUUUCCUUCUGCCGGCUCUUUGAAAGCUCUACUACUGAGUUUUUGUCGGAAAUAAUCAAUACAGUGAAAAGAAAUUCAUCUUUGAAGAGCCUCAAACUGCCUGGGAAUCGCCUCGGGAAUCACAGGCUGGUUGCCCUUGCAGACAUUUUCUCUGAAGAUUCAUCCUCUUCUCUUUGCCAGCUGGAUGUCAGCUCAAAUUGCAUCAAACCUGAUGGGCUCCUGGAGUUCACAAAGAAGCUGGAAGGCCACAUCCAACAGAGAGGGGGACAGAUUCAGUUCACACAUCUCCGCCUCUUCCAGAAUUGGCUGGACCAGGAUGCUGAAACAGCUCAAGAAGCUCUUCGGCGUCUCAAAGCUGUGUGCAGUGUGGUCAAUGACUCGUGGGACUCCUCCCAGGCCUUUGCUGACUACAUCAGUGUCAUGUGA